AUGGCUUCUUUCUCUUCUGCUACUGCUGGCGUUUCCUUGCUUGCCAUCUUCAUGGUCUUGCAGCUUUCCUCAGUCGCCAUGGCCGCCGAUCACAUUGUGGGCGGUGACAAGGGUUGGACCACCAACUUCAACUACUCCGAAUGGGCCAAGGAUCAAGUUUUCGUUGUCGGGGACAACCUUGUGUUCAACUAUAACAAUACGAAGCACAAUGUGUUCCAAGUGAACGGGACGAUGUUCCAGAGCUGCACAAUUCCAGACUCAUCAAAUUCAAACCAGUCACUGAGCUCUGGCCAUGACGUGAUUCGACUUGACACAGAGGGCAAAAAGUGGUACAUUUGUGGUUUUAGCAAUCACUGUCGUGAUCUUGGCAUGAAGCUUUCCGUCAACGUUACGCCUUCUGCUGCUUCUUCUCUCCUCUCCUCUGCCUCUCUGCUGCUUCUCGUCGCAGCCAUGCUUGCCACUGCCACUAUCUCCAUCUGA